GUGUCGUUUCGUCACUUCCGUCAAAAAUACAACAAAUGCUCAGGCUAACUGUGCUGUGUAGUUCAAGUUAAUUUUUAAAGUUAUAGUUUGGUCCAACCGGUUCAGCGGUUCGUCGGACAGCCACAGUCCAUCAGAUCUAUGGUGGCAGGUUCGGCACUCAUGGAGCCAUCCAGUAAACCUGGGCCCAACCAGGUGGCUGAUGUGGUGUUUGUCAUUGAAGGGACAGCGAACCUUGGACCAUACUUUGAAUCUUUAAGAAAAAAUUACAUACUUCCAGCUAUUGAGUAUUUUAAUGGAGGGCCUCCAGCAGAAACAGAUUUUGGUGGAGAUUACGGGGGCACACAGUAUGGCCUUGUGGUCUUCAACACAGUGGACUGUGCUCCGGAGUCAUAUGUCCAGUGUCACGCGCCAACCAGCUCAGCCUUCGAAUUUGUCUCCUGGAUCGACAACAUCCAGUUUAUGGGAGGUGGAGCAGAAAGCUGCAGUCUGAUUGCAGAGGGACUUUCUGUGGCCUUGCAGCUUUUCGAUGACUUUAAGAAAAUGAGGGAGCAGAUAGGUCAGACCCACAAAGUGUGCGUGCUGCUGUGUAAUUCCCCUCCUUACCUGCUUCCUGCUGUGGAGAGUGUCAGCUACACUGGCUGCACAGCAGACAGCCUGGUCAAAAUCAUCAGAGAUAGAGGAAUUCAUUUCUCUGUUGUGGCUCCUCGGAAGCUGCCCCCUCUAAGGGCUUUGUUUGAACGUGCGUCACCAGUAGGGGGGGCAGUUGAAUCUCUUCCUGACUACAGUCAAGAUCCCUUCCACAUGGUCCUAGUCAGAGGCAUCUCGCUUCCUGUUUCUGCAGGUGGAGGACCCGGGCCGCACAAACCUGUCAUCCCUCCUCCGGUGUUGGCUAGUAGUCAGCCUGUUGUUGGAACUCCACAGCCCCCUCCACCAAUAAACACAACCCCUCCUUAUCAGAAUACGCCUCUGACUCCUGCUCAGGUGGCUGCACAGAUGGUCAUGGAGGCAGCCAACAGCCAGAAGAAUCGCUUCCCAGGAAUGGGCCAAGGGCCUCCAUUUCCCAGUCACCCUGUAGGGAAGCCCAUUCAGCCGAGCUUAUCAACAGUGAGUACGGUAAAUACGCCAAUCCAACCAGUUACUCCCAAUCAGCAGCCAGUCCCACCCCCAGGACAGCCAGUGCCCAGCCAGCCGCCACAGCCACUCCCUCAGCAGCCACAACCCUCUGGAAAUCAGACCACGCAACCAUCUGCACCGCCCACUAUGCCUGGAAGUCAAGUCAAUCCAAACCCAAUUACACAAGGACAAGGUGUCACCAAUAAAGUAGUGGCCUGGACUGGCGUUCUUGAGUGGCAAGAGAAACCUAAAGCCUCAUCCAUGGAUUCGGCCACCAAGCUGACGCGAUCCCUGCCAUGUCAGGUGCACGUCAACCCAGGAGAAAAUCUAAACACAGACCAGUGGCCACAGAAGCUCAUUAUGCAGCUAAUUCCACAGCAGUUGCUGACAACCUUAGGUCACCUCUUCAGAAACUCUCGGAUGGUUCAGUUUCUCUUCACGAACAAAGACGUGGAGUCGCUGAAAGGCCUGUACCGCAUUAUGGCCAAUGGUUUUGCUGGCUGCGUCCACUUCCCCCACACUACCUCGCCCUGUGAAGUGCGGGUGCUGAUGCUGCUUUACUCAUCCAAGAAGAGAAUAUUCAUGGGCCUCAUCCCCAACGACCAGAGUGGCUUCGUCAACGGCAUCCGGCAGGUCAUCACCAGCCACAAACAGGUCCAGCAGCACAGAGCGUUGAACAGUGCAGCAGGACCAAUGCAGCCCAAUCAGGUCCCCCCCAACCAGAACUUCAUCAACAGAGCCCCAGGUCCUAUUCCAGUUUCCCACGGCAAUGUCCAGCAGCAGUCUGUGGUGGUGGGCAUGCCCCCUGUUAGUCAGGUCUCUAUGAUGGAGGAGCAACAGAGACAGAACAACAUGAUGACAAUGAGAGCUGCUGGACCAACCAAUCAACAGCCGCCCGUCAGUGGCGCUCCACCUAAUCAAGUUCCGACUAGCGGACAAGCCCCGCCCCAGGGUCCCAUCCUUCGCCUCACAAAUCCAGGAGCCAAUCCACAGCUUCGCAGUCUCCUUCUCAGCCAACAGCAGCCACAGGGUGGGGUGUCUCACAUGCCGGGCAUGAUGUCUCACCAAGGUUUGGGACAACAGAUGGUCCACCAGGCCCCAGGAGGGGGGGCUCAAAUGCAGAGCCAGUGGAGGCAACCCAUGGCAGGUCAGAUGAUGAUGUCUGGAGCUCAGAGAGGAGCCGUCCCGCAGCCCGGGAUGCCACAGGUCUCGAGCAUGAUGGAGGAUGAAGUCCUCAUGGAUCUUAUCUGAUGGAACUAGGCUUUCAAUUUGAAUCUGGGCAGCCAUUUUCCAGUUUCGACACAUAUGUCUGCUUUGUCGCUUUAAUCCUACAAAUGUUCAACGUAAUUAGGAAACAAGUCAUAAGCAGUUUUUUUUUUUUUUUUUUUUUUUUACAGGACUGAGUAGCUGAAGUUAAUUAGGGGCAGGCAAUGUGAGCAUUAGUUUUUCAUGUAAAUGUUCAAACCAUCAGCACGCUAAUCCUCCAUACUACACACAGGAUGGAGCAAGCAAUCAUGAUUCUAGAAAUGAUACUAAGUUUUAUCAUGGAAUGGAAACCUGUGUUAUUUCUUUCUUUUUUUUUUUUUUUUUUUUAAAUUAAGAUUUUACUUUUUCUGCUCAUUUCUUCUUCUUUUUUUUAAUUAUUGAUCAUGUUGUUUUAUGCAGAUGAAAUAAAGGUAAACAUCGUAUAAGA